AUGAAAAGCCUGUUUUUCAAAAUAAGGAAUUUGAAAGUAGGUUUGACUUACUUUCAAGCACGUCAAAACACGCUCUUAUUCAUAAAACGGGAUUUAUUUGAGUAAAUUAUUGUGAUCAGGAAAUCCUAGAAUAAGAUUGUGAGGAUCAAAUUAUUUUAUUAAGAAACAUUAUUCAGUGAAUUUCAUUUUUUUGCUCGUAAAAAUGGAAACAGAUUAUCAGAAAAAUGAGCAAUAGCAGAGUGAGCAGGGGAUUACUGAGUGAUCGUACAUGGAUUUUUCUUUCACAUUCAUUUUGCACGCGGUCUUUGAUGAAAGAGAACACUGCUAAAUCAUUCAUAAGAGUGUGGAAGAUGAUGGAAAUGUGUUAUCAGGUGUUGGUACAAGAAAAGAAAGUGACUCAGAGGGAGUUAUUUUAUAAAUUGCUUUGCGAUUCGCCUGAGUAUUUUGCAUCUCAAUCGCAGGUCAAUAGGACUAUUCAAGAUUUGGUGGCAUUACUUAGGUGCAGCCGAUGCAGCCUUGGCGUCAUGGCAUCAAGCAGAGGGGUGGUUGCUGGCCGCCUAUUGCUGCAGGAGCCAAACCAAGAGGUUGUGGACUGCGCCGCUUGUGGAUUUUCUGGUUAUGCUAUUUCCGGAGAUCUAAAUAUGCUAGAAACCUUGGUCAUGAAGAGCGAUGCCCGGUAUAUCAUUGUGGUUGAGAAGCAUGCCAUAUUCCAGCGGCUGGCUGAGGAUCGUUUAUUCACUCAAAUUCCAUGUAUUCUCAUCACAGCUAAAGGAUAUCCAGACAUUGCAACUAGGUUUCUUCUUCACCGAAUGAGUCGGGAGUUCCCAGAAAUGCCCAUUCUAGGGCUGGUUGACUGGAAUCCAGCAGGAUUAGCAAUACUAUGCACCUUCAAAUUCGGAAGCAUAGGGAUGGGCUUGGAAGCAUAUCAAUAUGCUUGCAAUGUCAGGUGGCUGGGAUUGCGAAAGGAUGACAUUGAACAACUCGUACCUGAAGAAUCUUUACUUCCAUUGAAGCCCCGGGAUCUACAAAUUGCUAAAAGCUUGGUAUCCUCAGAGAUAUUGCAGGACAACUACAAAGAAGAACUGGAAGUGAUGAUUGAGAGUGGUAAAAGGGCAGAAAUUGAAGCUCUUUACUUUCAUGGAUAUGGUUUCUUAGUAAAGUAUAUAGCAAAGAAAAUUGUGCAAGCCAAUUAUAUAUAGCUGUCAAGAGACUUUUUAUUCUAAUGCAAUUCAGAAUGUGCUGACUGAUUUGUUAUUGACAAUUCAUAAUAUGAAAGGAAGUUUGAAAAUGCACAAUUUCAUUA